UAAAGAAAUUAUCUACGAGAUAAAAUUAUAUGAAAAAGUUAUCUUUGACGAUAUGAUGAUAAAAUUUUAUGGAAUAACUAAAACCGAUUUAGAUAAAGAAUAUUUUUUGGUAAAGGAAUAUGCAGACGGAGGUACACUUCGUAAUUAUUUGAAAGAGAAUUUUAACUUGUUAGACUGGGGGAAUAAAUACGAAUUAGCCCUUCAAUUGUCAAGUGCAAUAAAGUUGUUACAUGAAAACGGUAUAGUACAUAAAGAUUUGCAUUCAAAUAAUAUUCUUAUUCAUCAAAAUUUAAUUAAAUUUGCGGAUUUUGGAUUAAGCAGACUUAUUAAGGAUGAUAGUCAUAUUCCAUUAAAUUCAUUUGAAACAAUCCCUUAUAUUGGUCCAGAAUUAUUUGGUAUUACAGAAGAAAAUUUUGAAGGCAUAAAUUCAUCAGGAGAGGAUAAGCUGUUAGAAAGGCUAAAAAGAUGUGAUAUUUAUAGUAUUGGGGUAUUAUUAUGGGAAUUGUCUAGCGGAUUAAAACCUUUCGCCGAUACAAAAUAUGAUUCAUUUUUGGCCGAGAAAAUUGCUCAAGGAUUAAGAGAAGAAAUAGUAGAGGGGACACCUAAAGCAUAUUCUGAUCUUUAUUCAAGAUGUUGGGAUUAUGACAUAGACAAAAGGCCAACCAUUAAAGAGGUUGUUUUAACUUUAAAAUCAAUGAUGUCACAACAAAUAAUUCAAAAAUUUAAGUUGAAUCAUGGAUUGUUCUUGAAUGGGCAUAAAAUAGAACCCAGUAAGCAAGCUGUACUUGCUGGAGAUGGAGAAUUGAAUAUAAGUUUAUAUAAAGGACAACCUCUAGUGUAUACUUCUGUAAACGAUAGCAAUUCUCGCGAAAAUUUAUUGAGGUUUAAUUGCGAAGAUAAUGAAGUUGAACUCGACGAAUCUCUACAACCAUCUGAUAUAUGUAUUAAUUUUCCUGUUGCCGAAAUUACUUAUAUUGCUGAUUUAUUAGAAUCUUUUUCAAACUUUGAUGUUAAUGAUAAUGUAGGAAAAUCGUGUGAAACAUAUGGACAUCUAUAUGCACGUAAAGUUUUAGUUGGUGGAAAAUUAUUUAUUGAUGAUUUUAACUCGGCCACUUCAGACCAAAUUGACAUGUUUAAAUCUCUCAUAACUUGGGCGUAUGAUUCAUCUAAGUAUGAUAAAAAAAUUCCAUUUGAUAAUAUAUCCUUCCCGGAUUUUUUUCCAAAUAUAAGGACAUCAGAUAAAGAAAAUUUAAAUACUCUCGACAAAUUAACUAAUUGGAUGGAUAACUUAUAUCAAAAGAAUAUGACUGUUAUAAUUUCUUAUAAUGAUCUUAUUCCUAUUUCUGAAUUAAGAUCCAGUACUACAUCGCAAUCAUCAAUAGACGAAAAACAACCCGAAAUUGCUAAUUUUAAAGGGAGAUAUAGUUUAAAAGAGUGGGUUCGUGAUUCAAUAUACGUAAAUUUAACGAAAUGGAUCAAAGAAUUUCGUCUGCUUCAAGGUUUAAUAGUCAAUAAAUAU